CACCAAUUCUUAUGAGAUUAGAAUACCAGGUGAAGCUUCCAGAUCAUGACUGGAUUGUUGCCAAAAAGCAUAAACUGAUUCCUUCAGUUUAUGCAAUAUUGGAUGUGAAGGAAGGUAAGUAUAGACAUGCUGAAGCAGUAACUUAUUCAGAUUCAAUAUUUAUAAGGAUCCAUAGUGGUAAACAUGAUAGUAGUACUGUCUACUCUCAUAACAAAGAUUUUGAUAACUUGAUAGUUAAAGAGAAAUUGUACAACUAUACUACAACAGACGACCUGCCUAAACCCGUAGUAGAAGAUACAAUUAUUGAUGGAUAUCUGGUUCUUGCUAAGUAUGUAGAUCCUUCUGAAGAAUUCUACUACCCUGAUGAAAAAUUAAUUCUUCUAAAUCGUUUUUUCUCACCACCACUUAUGAUCCAGCAGAAGACUCAUGGAGACUUUGAAAUAUCAUACUUGAGAAUGUCUAUUCAUCAGCGCGGUGAAUUCUUAGUUAGUAAUGAUAACUAUGAGACAAUAUGGGUAGAUGAAGAAAUAAUACCAAAAGACGUAUCAGAAACCUAUUAUCAGCAA